AAUGGAGCGAGGCGCCGAUUCGCCGCGUGCCGAUUCGCUUCCGGUGACGCGAAAGUGGCGCGGCCACUUCCGGUGACAGCGCCAACAGCAGAGACGGCGCAGACGCGGCUGAUGCUGAUACUACACACACCACUCAGUAGUACUGAUACUACAGGUACUAAUCCUCCUGCUGCUGCUGAAACCGGUACUACACCUACUGCUACAGGUACUACUACGACUGCUGCUACUCAUACCACAGGUGACGGUAAAUUCUGCUCGCCUCGACCGACCUCGGGGAUUUGCCGACUAAGCGACGGUCACAUUUAACUAAGGCGGCCGCCUCUACUCCCGAGCUGUGGUGGUGAUCAUUGCUGCCGGCCCGCCCGCCCGCUCGUCACGAUGGUGUGCACGUGCGCCAACUGGCGGCGCUGGAUCCGUCCGCUGGUGGUCACCAUGUACGUGAUGCUGCUGCUAGUGGCGCUGCCGCUGUGCGUGUGGGAGCUGCAGCGUGCGGAGAUCAAAGCGCAGACUCAGGCGUGGUUCAUCGCGGGGAUCUUCGUCUUCCUCACGAUCCCCAUCUCGCUCUGGGGGAUCCUGCAGCACCUGGUGCACUACACGCAGCCUGAGCUGCAGAAGCCGAUCAUCAGGAUCCUGUGGAUGGUUCCUAUCUACAGCUUAGACAGCUGGUUCGCGCUCAAGUUCCCUCCCGUCGCCAUCUACCUGAACACAUGCCGCGAGUGCUACGAGGCCUACGUCAUCUACAACUUCAUGGUCUUCCUGCUCAACUACCUCUCGGGCAGCCAGCCCGACCUGGCGCGCACGCUCGCUGCCAAGGAGCCCGUGCGCCACUGGCCGCCGCUCUGCUGCUUCCCGGCGUGGCCCAUGGGCGAGGUGAUGCUGUUUCGCUGCAAGCUGGGCGUGCUGCAGUACACGGUCAUCAGACCGCUCACCACCGUCGUGGCCUUAAUCUCCGAGCUGCUGAAGGUGUACGGAGAGGGCAACUUCAGCUUCCACAACGUGUGGAGUUACCUCGUCAUCAUCAACAACAUCUCCCAGAUCUUUGCCAUGUACUGCCUCAUCCUCUUCUACCGCACCCUGCGGGAGGAGCUGCAACCGAUCCAGCCAGUGGGGAAGUUCCUGUGCGUGAAGACCGUCGUGUUCGUGUCUUUCUGGCAAGCGGUGCUGAUCGCAGCCCUGGUGAAGCUGCAGGUGAUUUCGGGCACUCUGGGCUGGAACAGCGUGGAGGCUUUAGCCACCGGGCUCCAGGACUUUGCGAUCUGCAUCGAGAUGCUGCUGGCGGCACUGGCGCACCACUAUAGCUUCUCGUACAAGGCGUUCGUGCUGGUGGCCGAGCGGGAGGUGUCCUGCCUCGACUCGUUCCUCGCCAUGUGGGACGUGUCGGACGUGCGCGCCGACGUCCUCGAGCAAGUCCGCAACGUCGGCGCCACCGUGCUGGGUCGCCCCAAGCGGCGUGCGGGCGGUGGAGGGGGCGCCGCCGACGGCGACGCCGGGGGUGCGGACGAACGCGCCAGCCUGCUGGGCGGCAGCUCGUCAUCCGGUCGCACCCCGGAGGAGAGGGCCGGCGCGGCGGUGGGGGUGCCACCCUCCCCGUCACCGUCCGGGCACUACCAGGGCUUCGGGCAGACGGUGACCACGCCGACGGCGACGACGCCCAACGGCGACGGUUGCGCGCAGGAGGGCGGCGUGGCUCCGACGCCGCCGGCGCCGCCGCACGAUGCGGAAGCCGGUGCCGCCAUUGUGGAGGUGACGCCGAUAGAAACUCGCGUCACCGAUGAACGAGACCCAGUCGUCUAACCCCGGCGUGUCCUGCGAUCGGAUUUCGCGGGUUUUGGCGAAAGUGCGCGUUUGCGCGCGCCUGCGUCUGGGAUGGAGAUCGCCACGAGCCAAAAACGGCACUUUACCAAAUUCGCUCGCUGCACUAAGGUGGAUUCGCGGUUUAACUGCGAGGACCAACGGUGGAAGGGAGUGUCACGUGACGAGAGGCAGGGCUUCCUUUCAAUGACAAUUUCCGGAUCACUAGACUGGAGUCAGUGACAUGUUACUAUUAGCCACGGCCAUUGUGAGAGGUGUACGGUAUGGUGGGUGUGGUGUGCUGGGUGCGGAGGGCGGCCCGUUCGUGCGCCCCGCGCUUCCAUGUUCGUGCUUGACGCACACUUGCAGCUGCUGGACACACGCGGCACCACCUGUGCUUCUACCCUGCGCACCUCCCGGGAUAACUCCUCGUUGCCUUUGCUCCCCCCGCCGUGCGCCAUACGGCGGUCCGCUUGCCGCGACGAAGGUUCCUGCAAAACCCGGCACGUGCCACCGACGACGGUUUCUAGGCGGCACGGUUUCACCACGUCGACCGCCAACGUGCCCGCCAGCCAACGUCGAUGUGCAGCAUCAGCAAGACGGGUGGUCUUUUGCGAGUCGGGGGGGAGAAACCGUGCCGUUACUACGUGGAGUACCUCGCCAGCCAAUGUCUUAGCCAUGUUUAUCGCUCUAAAUAUGUAGCAGGAAUGCUGAGCACUGGACGUUGGCCAGCAGCAUUAGUCUUAGCCGAGUUGCCAUUACUCGUGAUAAAUACUUCUAACAAUAAUAUUGCAGCCCAUUGUUUAUCCACUGCUGGGCGAAGGCCUCCUCAGCAUGCUGUGUCAUUCAUGGGAGUUGUGUACUUUGCCGCGCUGGUCCGCGUGGGUUGGUGACGUGGGCGUCGCUGUCCGCAGCCACCGAUGUUAGCUGUGGCCGGGAACUGAACUCUGUUUGCUCAGUUCACAGCGUGCUCAUGACCCUCCCCCCCACCCCCCUAAAGAUAAUGAUCUUAAUUUGGUUGCUAACUUAAGGUGGCCUCGCCUGGUCCCAAGCGAUCAGAUGUGUAAUUAAUGGGUGUCGAGCAGUUACCUACGCCUUGCCAAGCAAGACACCCUCGGCCAUCUCUUCAGUUGCCAUGCGACGGACAUUCUUUAUAGUCUUCCGCAACUACGAUCAAUCCACCGCUAGAUGAAGGUCUUCUCAAGCUGUCACCAUGCCUCUCGCGCUCCUGCGGAGUAACGGGCGACCACUCCGUACGGGGCGUGUUCCUAUUGUCGACGAGAGGCCAAGUGGAAGCGACUCCAAGAGCAGUUCUAAUCCGGCAACUUUUGGGGGAACGUUUCCCGAUCUUCCGUAAUUCUCUGCUGCACAAACGGGUUCCAGGAACGAAUUCUAGAUUUGAAGCUUUCGUGACUGCAAGGAUUCAUAUUCUUGGGUUUUUUUAUUUUCAUUAAAUUACAUUUUUUACCUACGUGACUUUACCGAAAAAACCCAAGAAUAUGAAUCCAGGAACGAAUGUUUUUCACGUCACACACACUCUCGUGUCCUCGAAAUUUGAGAGUGUUAAUUGCCGAACCAAAAAUAAAUGCACGAGUGGAGAGCUUCAGCACUACCACAAUCCAACACAUCACUGGCGGAUCCACCUGGUGCUCCUGUUAAAACUUGGGAGCUCCGUGUGUGGCUCGUGAUGAAACCGCACGAGCCUGAGAGGUGGCGGUGAUUUUUUUUAUUUUUAC